AAGGGCAUAAAAGCAAUAACCGUUUCGGGUCAUCAUAGGUCGUGACUGGCGAAAUAUAAACAUUUGUCAGAAACUGACGAAAUUCAAAGACUAUUAAAACUUGAAAAGAUAUUGAGGGAAUGAACUCGUUCUGUUAUGGCUUUUCAAUUCUUUUACGGUAUUUUUACUUAUUUUACACAGUUAUCAGUAACAUCGUUUAUUUUGGUUAUCACUGUUUGCAUACUGUUACACUACAUAUUCUUCUCAAAGCGGUACGACCCUCCUUUACCACCGUCACCGAAUUUUAAACUUCCGUUGAUUGGACAUUUACAUUUAUUGGAGCAUGACAUGAGAAAACCGUUCAGAAAAUACCGGAAACAACUUGGCGAUGUAUUCACGUUGUAUUUUGGUGGAAGGCUGACAAUUGUGAUAUCGGGAUAUGAGACUUUGAGAGAAGCCUUUCUUACAAAUGGAGAGUUGUUUUCCGACCGACCAAGUCUUUAUAUAACAAAUAUUGCAACUAGAAAUCGAGGUUUUAUACUUGCGAGUGGGGAGCGUUGGAGGGAACAUCGUCGGUUUGCUUUAGGUACCUUAAAAGAUUUUGGAAUGGGGAAAAGCAAACUUGAGGGAAAGAUCCACGAAGAAAUUCAAUCAUUCUUAUCUGAAAUUGAGGCCCACAAAGGAGAUCCCUUUGACCCAAAGGAUAUCAUCAGCACACACAUAGCGAAUAUCAUAUGCUUCAUUUUGUUCAAAGGCCAGUUUAAACAUGAUGAUCAGCGAUUCUUAGGGAUGAUAAGGCUAUUUGAUGAGAACAUGGAAUCUGCUGCUGGACUCGCAAACCUCAUGCCAUGGUUAGCUGAAUUUCCAGGUGAUCCGCUAAAGUGCAAGAAAAUGAUAAGCAAUGCUGAUAAAAUAUUUGAGUAUUCUGACGAUAUCAUUGAUGAACAUGUGAGGGAGUAUGAUGAAAACGAAAUAGAUGAUCUGACAAGUGCUUAUAUUAAGGAAAUGAAGAGAAAGGAAGCCAAUGGGGAAACAACUACAAUGUGCUUUGAGGAGCUGUCGGGAAUGAUUGGAGAACUGUUUAUUGCUGGCUCACAUACAACGACUGCAGCAUUAAGAUGGGCAAUAGUUUGUCUUGUUCAGUUUCCCGAAAUGCAAGAGAAAAUGUACGAGAUUAUAUCCUCUAGGAUUGGAAAUGAGAGACUGCCAUCUGCUAUGGACAAAACUUCAUUAGGAUACCUUGAAGCUUUUUAUUUGGAAGUAUUACGGUAUUGCACUAUAGCAAUAUCGAGUGGAGUUCAUGCCACAACUAGAGAUUUGACCUUCAAAGGGUUCACUAUUCCAAAACAUGCGCUUAUUAUGCCAGAUCUAUAUUCUGCUCUGCAUGACCCAGACACUUGGCAUGAUCCCGAAAACUUCAGACCAGAACGUUUUCUUGACGAUAAUGGCAACAUACGAAAGCGGGAAGAGAUGAUAGCGUUUUUUCUAGGAAAACGGAAUUGUGUCGGAGAAUCUUUAGCACGGAUGGAAUUGCUGCUGUUUGUAGGAGCGCUUGUACAAAGGUUUCGUUUAGAGAGUCCAGCUGACGAAACAAUUUCAUUGGAACGCGUUGACGGUGUAUUUGGAUUUGUACAUAUGCCGAAACCGUACAAAAUUGUUGCAACUCUCCGCGUUUAGAACAGAGAUGGCUUUUAUUUCGAGUUUUAUAAUGCACUACGUUAAUAUAGAAGACAGAUUUUAUAUAAAUACAUCACUUUUUAACAACAACUUUCAUAUUUUAAUAAAAUCAAUAUAAAUUCUCUAUGUUUUGUAUCAAAUCUAUGUCUUAAGAAGUAAGAAUAAUUGGUUGUUGUCAAUAUUUUUGGGACGAACAUAUACUACGUACUAUGGCUUCAUGUUGCGGACAACCUGAAAAGACUUCCACUUAAAUAACAUGAAGAAAUCAAAGAAAUGACGGGAAAAGAUUGCAUUUUAUAUAUCUGUCACAUAUUCAAAUUAUAUCUUAUUAUACAUAUAUAAAAUAAUUAACAUGUACAUAUUGAUGUAAGCCCGCCCGCUUAGCUCAGUAGGGAGAGCGUGGGUCUACGGAUCGCAUGUCUGCACGAUAGAGGUUUCAUUUAUGAUUUUAUUUUAACCAAACUUGCACACAACUUGUAUCACUAUAAGAUCACGGUUCCUUUCUUGAAUUGGCCAGAUCCCGUUAUGGGUUCCAGAGUUAUGGCCCCUGAAAGGGCCAAAAUUAGCUAUAUUGACUUUGUCUGCACAAUAACAGCUUUAUUUAUGACUUGAUUUUUACCAAACUGGCACACAACUUGUAUCACCAUAAGAUCUUGGUUCCUUUCUUGAACUGGCUAGAUUCCAUUAAGGGUUCCAGAGUUAUGGCCCCUGAAAUGGCCAGAAUUAGCUAUUUUGACCUUGUCUGCACAAUAGCAGCUUCAUUUAUUAUUUGAUUUUAACCAAACUUGCACACAACUUGUAUCACUAUAAGAUCACGGUUCCUUUCUUGAAUUGGCCAGAUCCCGUUAUGGGUUCCAGAGUUAUGGCCCCUGAAAGGGCCAAAAUUAGCUAUAUUGACUUUGUCUGCACAAUAACAGCUUUAUUUAUGACUUGAUUUUUACCAAACUGGCACACAACUUGUAUCACCAUAAGAUCUUGGUUCCUUUCUUGAACUGGCUAGAUUCCAUUAAGGGUUCCAGAGUUAUGGCCCCUGAAAGGGCCAGAAUUAGCUAUUUUGACCUUGUCUGCACAAUAGCAGCUUCAUUUAUUAUUUGAUUUUAACCAAACUUGCACACAACUUGUAUCACCAUAGGAUCUUGGUUCCUUUCUUUAAUUGGCGAGAUUCCAUUAUGGGUUCCAGAGUUAUGGCCCCUGAAAAGGGCCAAUAUUAGCUAUUUUGACCUUGUCUGCACAAUAGCAGCUUCGUUUAUUAUUUGAUUUUAACCAAACUUGCACACAACUUGUAUCACCACAAGAUCUUGGUUCUUUUGUUGAACUGGUCAGAUUCCUUAAUGGGCUCCAGAGUUAUGGCCCCUUAAAGGUCCAAAAUUUGCUAUUUUGGCUUUUGCAGCCAUAUAGAGACUUUAUUUAUGGUUAUAUUUGAUACAAACUUCCAAAAACGUCUUCAACAACAAUAAAUCUUGGAUUCCAUGACAAAUCAGAUCCAGUCAUAGGUUCCAGAGUUAUUUUAUAUCUGAUUACCUCCCCUGAUUGUAAUCAAAAUAGAUUUAUAUCAGUAAGUACUUAUAGGGCUUAUUUGAAAUUUCAUUAUUGUUAUCAGUUGGACUGAGACAAUCAGGAUAGAUAACUAUGGACUGAUUUUAUGUCAAAUUACCUCCCUUUAUUUCAAAUAAAAUGGGUAUAUCACCGUAUCUAAUGAAGAUACUGAUCUGAAAUUUCAUUUAUGCCAACAGAUUUAUUUGGCAGAUCCUUCUUUUGUUCACUUACAAUAUUUUUUUUAAUUACUUCCUUUUACAUUACGAUAAAUAGCUUAUUUUUAGUAACUUUUUAUUAUUGGCCGUAGGGAAAAACCGAGACCACUUUUCUGUAGUACAGCAUAGAUGGUACCUCCAAUUGUUAGGUGUAUUUUGACAUAUCUGUACCUUGUAAGAAUUUUUGUUUUGUUUUUGGUUAAAGUUCUUCCCUUUGUUGUUCCUGUCCUUUGGAUUUAGAUAUUUUUCUGAGGACCUUCUUGUCCUCAAGUGCAAUGAUAACAGGUGAGCGAUAUAGGGCCAUCAUGGCCCUCUUGUCUUUCUGUUAUUAUUAAAACAGAACAUAUACAGUUGAAACUGGAUGUCAACAAGCGUUUUACUUCAAGAUAACCGAACUUCGACUUGAAAUGAUAUUUUGUGCACGUGCUCUUGGGACGGGACGGGGCUUGAAAAUGUCUACGAUAUAGCCCGAGGUUUGAGAUAAGCUAGUUCGAGGUAUCGAGUUUCAACUGCAGAUAUGAUAUUGAAUAGACUCUUCUUAGACAUUUAUAUGUGAUAAUGUUAAUCAUAACAAACAGGAAUAUAUGUACAUUUUUUAACUUUACAAAAUAGCGUUAACGUUCUUUCGUAAGUCAGUAGUGUUAGAAAAAUGUAAAUACGACCUAUGACUAGAUAUUGCUGAUAUAUGAAAUCAUUUGAAGUCAUCAUAUAGAGAUAUUGUUAUAUUUACCUUUUGUAUAAAAGUAGUUGUUUUAAACAGAAAAUGUAUGGUCUGAUACUUUUUUAAAUAAUACACUUUACAUUUAAAUUAAAUAAAAAAAUAAAAGCAGACUGUAUUGUACAGCAGCACACACGCAACGAUACUCGACCUGCGCAAAAAAGACUGCCUGCAAUUUGACACUGUGAUGGAGGUAUUGUCAUCUUCAGAGUUUUGAAAAAAGCACACGCUCUUUGAAUUUUUAAAUCGAAUAUCCGAUAUUUUUAAAAGUGCUUACCUUUUAGAUACUGAGUUGAGUAUUAUAUAACCCUAGGGAGGCUGAUUUCACAAUGUUAUCAGCUAAUACAUUUACUGCUUAGACUGGAUUGUUGUCCGUGAAGUUUGAUGCGCCGCUAACUCAACUCAUCUACAUCAGAUAUUAUGCUACUGACCAUUCCAAUGCUGUGGCCCACUGUGUUUCUUCAUCUACAUUUGUGUGCAUGUCAAUUAUACCAUGCAUCCAUACAUGUACUGUUGUAGAGGUGUGAUUGGAGAGGACUGUGUAAAGUGUUCGUUAUUUUUUAUUUUAUAUUAUUAUGUAAUGAUAUUAUUAUAUUCUUCAUUUCCCUU